AUGUUAAGACUUCUGAUACAAAGAACUUGCGGAAAAUCGCAAAUAUCUAAAGUAUUAAGAUCUAAUCAAGUUUAUUCAUCAAUUCGUUCUUUGGCUUCAACCACUAACACAACCACUGAUUCACAAUCAUCUACUUUAAAUUCAAAUAUUCCUAAAUCAAAUGGAUUUUUAAAGACUACAUUUAAUAAAGUAGAUGAUUAUUCAAGUUAUAAACAUAAUAUAUUCACUCAUAGAUUACCAGAAUCGUCAGCAAAACAAUGUCCACCAUUAGUUGCAUUACAUAAUCGAUUGAAUUUACCGGAAUCAUUUAAAUUAUCAACAUUAUCACAAUGUCUUAAUUUGAUCAGUAACCCAGAUGAAUCAGAUGGAUUAGCUAAUAAUUUUGGAUUAAAAGUAUUGGGUAAAUCUUUGUUGACUUAUUAUGUUACUGAAUAUUUAUUAUUGACUUAUCCAAGAUUACCAACAGCUAUUCAUAAUGCUGCUGUUGAUUCAUUAAUGGGUUCUCAAGCAUUACUGGAAAUUUCUAAAUCUUGGGGUAUUGAAGUUGAUUCUAUUAGUAAAUUGGAUAGAUUUUUAGGUAAAGAAUCUGAAUUUAUGAAGUUUGGUAGAUUAAGAUAUUUGAGUGAGAAUGAAAAAUCAGAUAAUUUUUAUAGUAAAGGAAAUGCUAAAGUUGAUGGUGUUGUAGAAGUUAUCAACAAUGAAGGUGUUGUUACUCCUGAAGAUAUGGCAUAUUCUACUGUUACUACUGCUGUUAUUGGUGGUUUAUACACUCAUUGUGGUGAAUCUGCUGCUAAAGAAUUUAUAAAAGAUCAUAUAUUAUCUAGAAAAGUUCCAUUGGAUCAAAUGUUCCAAUUCAACCAACCAGUUAAGGAAUUAGUUAGAUUAUGUGAUAAAUUAGAAUUCAAAGAACCUGUUUCUAUCAGAUUAAUUGCUGAAACUGGUAGAUUAUCAGCUCAUCCACAAUUUUUAGCUGGUGUUUUUGUUGGUAGUGAAAAAUUAGGUGAAGGUAUUGGUGGGUCCUUAAAAGAAGCUGAAACUAGAGCUACUGUUAAUGCAUUAUUGAGCUACUACUUGUACUCUCCAAUCAAUGAAAAGGGUGAACAAGUUGGAGUUCCAAGUGAUAAAGAUUAUAAAUUUGAAGGUAUAAUUGAUAUUGGUGAUGUUGCAAUCUAA